GUCAAGGUUCAUACACAGUAUUUCGCCCAUCUUGACUUGUUUCUUCAUCUACGCAAGUUUAGAAAUUCUUCAAAAUGUCAACCAAUUAUCAAAUGGGGGACGAGGACUAUAAACAGCUUGGCAAAGAACUUGGACCCCUUGGCUUUGGAAUCUACUACCUUUGGAAUGCACUCGCGCCCUCUUACAAAGGGGGUGGCAAGCCACUCACAGGCUGGUGUUUAGCUUACAAUUACGACAAUGAUCUUGUUUUUCUGAAAACCGAAGGAUAUUAUACGGGUUAUCUCUCGGAUCAUCCCGCCACGCGUAACUCGGAGAAUGAUAAAAUUAUUUACGUGCCGGCCGGAAUUGAUGUGAAGUCGCGCGACUCCGAUGCGAGAUUUAUGGUUCUGCAUGAAUUGUUUGGAAAACACUUGGGCAGGGAUAAGCUAGUUGCAUACGCCCACUGGUGGAACGGCUAUGAGGUUACUGGGACGGAGAAGGAUUAUUACAUGGGGUUAAUUAGAGCAGCCCGAGAGGAACAGAACAAGAAGUGGGGUCCCGACGUUCUAAGCAUAGAAGAACAAGACAAGAAUGCUCGAGCUCGGGUUAGUGAAGGGUUUUAGCCGAAUUUGUCCAAUUGAGCAGUGCCACGAUCUGUUUACAUAAAAAUUGAAGAAAAGAAAACAACUUGAGCAUAGAUCAGAUCAUCAGAAUAAACAUCGGGCUGAAGGUCACGCUGCCA